AUGAGGCUCUCCCCAGACAAGACAAACUGUGUUACCGUAGCAAAUAAGAGAGGCAGGAAAGAAAACGGAACCUGCGACAGAAUUCAUCUAAAUGUCAACGGCACCCCCAUACAAAGAACCGACUCUGUCAAAAUCCUGGGAGUAACCUUUCAAGAGGAUGGCAGAGCAAGCAAAUGGUAUCGUGGAAUUAAGAACCACUGGAAAGCUACACUGGGGAAAAUCAAAUUUGUUACGAGCAAGUCAUGGGGAGCGCAAGAACACACACUAAAAAAACUAGUCAGAGCCCUGUUAAUAUCGAAAACCACCUACGGAAUUAAUUACCUUCGCCUCAACAAUGAGCAACGGAAGGGUCUAGAGGUACUUAACCGUAUGGCGAUGAGAGUCGUCACUGGGUUACCGAAAUCCACCAAGAUAGAAGAACUGGAAACAAUCGCCGGAAUGAACUGUCUCAGAGAUAUUGCUCAAGAAGAUAAAAUAAGCCAAGUACUUAGGCUGCAGAAGACUACAGCUGGCAGGAACAUCCUGAUGAAAUUAGACAUUGAGUGCCCGGACACACCGAUCUCGAUCCCCCCGCCACCGUGGGAGGAUGAGAUAGUCGUGGACACGAAGCCUUUACCCCAAAACCUAAGCAAAGAGGAAAUGGGGAGAAGAAAAACAGCAGCUAAGAAACACAACUAUGACCUCCAAAAAUUACUUGAAGACCCUGAGACAGAUAUAUACUAUACAGAUGCAUCAAAAGUACAAUCCCAAGUUGCCAUCGCAGCACACAGAUUCAGGGACCAAUUCACGGUCACAAGAACUCUAAAACCAAGAACGGGAGUAAAACAAGCGGAAUUAAUGGCCAUCCAGCUGGCCAUCGAAACCGCAGCUUUUAGCCCAAGCAAGAAAAUCUACAUUUACACAGACGCCAAGAAGGCUUUCGAGGAGUAUCGUAACCCCUCGAGCAGAAGUAAGACGGUGCAAACCGUCAAAGCAAUUGCACGCAUCUACAGAAGCGAAGGAAAACGCGUAACCAUAAGGUGGAUCCCGGGACACCAGGAAAUACCCGGGAACGACGCCGCGGACGCUGCCGCACGGGUCUCCCUCCCUCCUCAUCAAUUACCCGGCCUUGGCACUGACUUCGACGACGUACAAAAAUUGAACACUGGAUCUCCAAUCCAACCGGAAGGUGAAGAAGAAGUCGACCCCUUGGCACUCAAGGCUGUCGAACGCCAGGCACGCCGCGAGCGGCUCGGGAGCCUUCUCCGAGAAGACCCGCAUCCCCUCCCAGCGGAUAACUACACCCGUUGGGAGAAAAUAUGCCUUAGAAGAUUACGCACACAUACAGCAAUGGUUCCCAAACGCACAGCCAUUUUCAAGAAAAGCAGAUUAACAACGAAACAGCACGAUACAGAAAUUCAGGACUCACAAGCAGGACCCUCGACCCUACCCAUGAACGAGAGCCUUUGUGAAUACUGCGAGGAGACCGCCUCGGAGACCCACGUCUUCUGGGACUGUCCCCGCACUCAAGAAACGAGACGGAAAGCCCUAGAGGCAUUGCCACACCAUAUGCGACCGCAUAGCCUUCAAGAAUGGGUCCUGCCCACUGGAUCCCCUGAGCAUCGCAAGGCAACCCUCGAUUCCCUCCUCACAUACGUGAAGGAAGCCAAACUCACACAAUUCAUCGAAAACAAAUCAUAA